AUGGGGAGGAGAAGCGCACACACGAGCACCCACCCUGACCGAUCACAUGGGGAGGGCCGGGGGCGAGGGAGGAGAGGCAGGGCCGCCGAUGUCAGUGCCACCAACCGCGCCUCGGCGUCCCCGGCGGCGGAGAGGCGCCCGCCGCUGCUUUUGCCGCCGCUGCGCCUGCUGCUGCUGCUGCCGCCGCUGCUUCCCUACACGGAGCACCGCCGCAGGUUCGCGGCCGCCGGAGACGUCCCGCCGCCACUCGCCUGUGCCUCUCCUCACCGCUCCUUCACUCACACAGGCAGAGCCGCGGAGCUCGGCAGACACAGUCCCAGGCGUAAGCUACCCUCCUCCUCCUCCGCCGCUGCCACAGCCGCCGCCACCGCGCCCGCCUCCUCCCCUUCCUCCUCCCGGCCCCCGCCUCCAGCGCCAGGUCAGUCUCCUCCUCCUCGCGGAGCCCGCCUCCGGCUCCCAGCCGACGUCGAAGUUGCGGGCGUUCAUUGGUUAGCAUACGUGUCACUUGUCAGGUGGCGGCCCCCGGGUUCCGCCCGCCUCCCGCUCCUCCUUGCGGACCCGCCCCCCUCUCUGUUUCUCCCAGCUGCUAGUCCAGCGGGCCUGGCGCCUCCACUGCCCAGUGUCUCUCAGGUGUCACUGUUGCUGGCAGACCGGGAAUUCGGAAGCAGAGUGGGCAGGGGUCGCAGCUGGGAGGAGAGGGGCUGUACCAGGCCACUAUGGCCCCAUUUGGCUUCCGCCUCUAGACCCCGCACACAUCCCCGCGCCGCUUCGGUAACCGUGCCUUGUUGGCUGGGUUACCCUCAGUGGUCUAACAGACGUUCGGAGCUUCGCGGGCCGGGAACGUGGUGGAAUGUGCGGAGCCCUACCGGGCGCGGGACCGGGCUAUCCAAGGAGCUUUGGGACUCGAGUCCACAGGGUCCCGGACAACUCUGAGACCCUGUGGAUCUGCAGAGAGAAAUGAGGGGGCGGGAAAACACCGGAGAGGGUUUCUUUUUCCCUGUUAGAUCACAGAGCGACUGGUUGGGAGCUCGUGACACACCUCCCUUCCUUGCUCUUUCCAGUUUUCAGGCACCAAUUCAUGCUACCAAUACUUACAGGGCCUUGAAGCCCUAUGAGGAUCCACACACUGGUCCCUCCAGUUGGAAGGAGAAUAGAGAAUUCAAGGCACAGAGCAAUGGGUGACAGUGGCCCAAAGGCGAAUUUCUGGCCUACCUGCCGUUCCACAGAAUGAAGAGUGGGUCUCCCUCUGCACAGCCCCUCUCUCAGAACAACCUCAGUCAGCACCAAGAACUGGCAAGGAGGCUGGAGUUUCUUUUGGAAUAAUGAAGAGAGCUAAAUAAAUUUCUCACUCUCCAUCCUUCCUGUUUUAUUUCCAGAUGCCUUCAAUAUCGACUUUUUCCUACUUCCUCAAUGGGACCAUGAGCCUAGUCGAAGGCCUAAUAAAAGAUUUAAGAAGCUAGGAAAUAGAGCCCUGAGUGUUUUAGGUGACAGGGAUUACAUUAAAACUCAAACUUGCAAAUAAGUUUUAGGAAUUGACUGAUGAUGGUGCUGGACUAUGACUUGAACAGUUUGGCUUGAAAAAAGUCGGAACUUACUGUAGAAGGCAGAUGAGACUUUGAUGGGCCUCCUAGCCUAAAAGGAGAUCAUGUAGGGUGUGUCCCACUGGCUCAGCGAGGCUACCACUGGCUCCAAGAUUCUGCUGCCCAAUUCAGAACCCAAGAUAGUGAGUAUAGUGAGUGGUAAUUAGACAGCACAUUCAAUAAAUAUGAAUUGUUCUUUUAUAAGCCAGACACUGGUAGACAAUUUAAGUGUGGGAGGGGUGAGGGUGAAGAUGGUCCUUGCCCUCAAUAAAGUCUAGAGUCUAAUAGAACUAUCAAAAAUAUGAACUCUAAGAGGCACUGUAUCAUCUCAGGAAGGAGUUGUUGAGAACAGCCUGCUGAGCAUGGGCAGAGCUAGUUUAAGGCAGAUUUAGGAAACCAGUCCCUGGCCAGAUGGCACAAAGCCAGGCAGGGAUGCUAAGACAUGUGGGUGAGGAAGAGAGCCUGUUUGAGGAAAGACCAGGAAACCAUGACCAGGGAUGCUCACUUCUGAGAUCAUGAUGAUGCUCCUUCCCACAGGUUGAAAAUAGAGACAGUUUCCACCAGUUUUUGGACUCAGUUUUCAGGUUAAGGAAAAAUACUUUUGAAUCAAGAUCAGAAUGCUUAAAAUGUCAACACCAUGUAAAACUUGCGUAAUGCAGAUAGAAAAUAAAGGCACACCUUUGAGACACACCCUUCAGUCCGCUACAAGUCUGAGACACCUCCUAGCUAAGGUAUGUGUGGGAAAAAAGGUUAUGAAUCAUAAUCACUUUACAACACAUUAUCAUCAGGUAACUAAAGUACAUGUGUAUGGUUCCAUGUGGCUGCAACAACAGACAUGUCUUCUUAAACAAAACUGGACCCUACUCCAAGGGUCUAGUUUGAAAACUAGACAACAUGUUAAUUGAGGACUGGUUAUGUCCUCAUACCUGGCCUGCUGAAAUAGCCAAUUCAUCUUUUUUAUGCAAUAUUCUUUUCACAUGUCCUACUAUCUGCUACUACCAGUUUUUAAAUUUUGUUAGACUGCCCAAACUGACUAAUUAUAUUACACUUGCAUAAGAUUACCUUUUACUUGAAAUACACAUUUUUCAAGCAUUUCCUGGAUGCUGACUAACAAUGUCCUCUGCUUAUAAAAAAAUAAACAUAAAAAAAAAACCUUGGCAAAAAACAACUUGCUUUCUAUUACAAAAAUUGCAUUUCCAUUUCUUUUGUGCAUUUGUCUUGGGGAAACAUCUCCCCAGGUAGAAAUACCAUUUCCUAGCCUGCUCCUGUUUGUAUCUAAGUGGGUCCAUGUGACACAUUCUGGUCAAUGAACUGUGGGCCAAAGUAUUUCAUUAUUUUCAGGCCAAAACAGUUAAGCAGCAUAUAUACAUUCUCCAGCCUAUGGGUUCCUGAACUUUAACUGAAUGCUGAAACUUCUAGGGCCCAGGAGAAAGCAUAAUGCCAAAUGAAAAGAGCUAACUGCCUGAAUUACCACAUGGAGAAAUGCUAUCCACCUACUAGGAAAAUCUGCAUUAGACUUUCAGUUGAAGGAGAAGUAAACAUUUACUGUGUUGUUCCAUUGGAGAUAUGUUUGUUCAGGUUGCUGGUAUUACCAAAUUAAUACACUGAAGUUAUUUAAGAUGUUAGUUCAAAAGUAAAAUUCAGAAUUAUUCUGUUAUGUAAUAGAACUACCAGGCUAAAACUCUUCCUAUUUCUUUUAAUACAUGAGCAACAAAUUUUGACUUCUUGUAAAUGAAUUAAUCAUUUACCAAUUGUAUUUUGAACACCUGUUCUGUACAAGGUACCAUGCUAGAUGAUGCAUAAGUGUAUAGAGUAAGGAUUCAAACAUUUUGUCCUUUCAUUCAAAGAUCUCAAAGUCUUGUUAUACAAGAAUGUUUCACAUAUUAACUUUGCAAAAAUUUAGAAAUUUAGAUGUAAGAUGCAACUUCCUCUCACUACUGAAGAACACAAACUAAUUUUACUAUUGACUUCACAACUAAUUAUAAGGAUAAAUACAUGUGGAUAAAAGAGAAAAUAUUGAAGGUUUGCAUCAUCUGCAUAUUCAGUUGCUCCAAGUCACAGCUAAUUUACUUGGGCACAAGUCAUAAUAAAGGAGCAGUAUUUUAGUUUGUUCUUAAGUGCUCUACUAGAUCUAAAGGCAUAUUUUUUAAAGAAAAGAACUAAAGAUACUGUAUUUUAUGUCUUAUUUUGAGAAAAACCUGCUUUUGAAAUUUUGAACUUUACUUUGAUUCUUGGAUGACAUUGCUAUCAUUUUGAUAUUAGAGUUGAAUAGUAGCCCUGACUGGUGUGGCUCUGUGGGUUGGGGGGUUCAGUUCCUGGUUCAGAGCCAGGUCCCUGCUGGGGGUGUGCCAGAGACAAUCUUCUCUUGCACAUAGAUAUUUCUAUCCCAUUCUUUCCCCCUCCCUUCCCCCUCAAAAAUAAAUAAGUAAAUAAAUUUUUUUUU